UCGGCGAGAAAGAGGAUGUGCUCUCGGAUCACAACACAACCCUCGUCUGAACGAGCAUCGAGCAAAACAUCGUCCCCGACCCACCCCUCCAACGAGCCGACUGCCAACAUGAAGAUGGUCAGUGCGGCCGACAGCCCAGGCGGCUCGGUGCAGAUCGGAAGCACAUGUGGCUAACAUGGUAUUCCCUGCCACAGCUUAAUGAGAGUGAGGAGACCGAUGUCGAGGUCACUUGGGAGGAUCAGGAGAAGAUCAACACCUUCAGCAAGCUGAACUCUCGGCUCCAGGACCUUGAGGAGAAUUACGAGGAAAAGAAGAAGGAGAAGGAGUACCUCGAGGAUCUAGCCAGCGAGCUGGAGCUUGCCGACGAAGACGAGCUGGUCAAGUUCAGAAUCGGCGACUCUUUCUUCUCGAUCCGGCUCGACGAAGCCCAGGAGAGAAUCGAGAGCCAAGGCGCCGAGCUCGAGACAGAUCUGAAGGCGAUCCGGGACGAGCUGGAAGGAAUAGAGUCCAAGAUGACGGAUCUGAAGGCCCUGCUGUACGCCAAGUUUGGCAAAUCGAUCAACCUCGAACGCUAGCUCUGCAAGAAAUAAAGCCUCCGUCGUUACCCUCGCGCAA